CGCGGCGGCGCCUCCCCGCGCAUGCGCAGUGCGGGAGCGCGGAGCGGGGCCGGCACGGAGCGGAGGUCCGACACUAUGCCGGGGAAACGCUCGGCGAAGAAGAGCCAAGUGCCCGAGGAGGAGGAGUCGCCUGGGAGGAAGAAGAUUAAAGUUUGCCACCCAUCCCACCGGACGCAGCCGGGGCUGGUGCUGACGCUGGGGCAGGGGGAUGUUGGCCAGCUGGGCCUGGGCGUGAACGUGAUGGAGAGAAAGAAACCAGCCCUGGUGCCGCUGCCAGAGAUGAUUGUGCAGGCGGAGGCUGGAGGGAUGCACACCGUGUGCCUCAGCCAGAUGGGAAAAAUCUACACCUUCGGCUGCAAUGACGAGGGCGCUCUUGGGCGCGACACCUCAGCAGACGGCUCAGAGACCACGCCGGGGCUGGUGGAGCUGGAGGAGAAGGUGGUGCAGGUCUCUGCGGGGGACAGUCACACGGCCGCGCUCACAGAGGAUGGCAGGGUUUUCGUCUGGGGCUCUUUCCGGGAUAACAAUGGGGUGAUCGGUUUGCUGGAGCCCAUGAAGCCGAGCUCCGUUCCUGUGCAGCUCCAGCUCGGAGCGCCCGUCGUUAAAAUUGUCUCAGGGAACGACCAUUUAGUGAUGCUGACGGUGGACGGCGACCUCUUGACGUGCGGCUGUGGCGAGCAGGGCCAGCUGGGGAGGGUGCCGGCGUUCUUUGCCGACCGAGGAGGAAGGAGAGGGCUGCAGUACCUGCUGGUGCCCCAGCGCGUCCCUGUCAGGGGCAAAGGCAACAGAGGCAAAAUGCGCUUCCAGGACGCCUUUUGCGGGGCUUACUUCACCUUUGCCGUCGCGCAGGAGGGACACAUCUACGGCUUCGGCCUCUCCAACUACCACCAGCUGGGGACCCAGGACACCGAGCCCUGCUUCUCCCCGCAGAACCUGACGUGCUUCAAGAACUCCACCAAGUCCUGGGUCGGGUUCUCCGGCGGGCAGCACCACACGGUGUGCGUCGACUCGGAGGGUAAAGCCUACAGCCUGGGGAGGGCCGAGUACGGCCGGCUGGGCCUGGGCGCGGGGGUGGAGGAGAAGAGCACGCCCACUGUCAUCCCCGAGCUCCCCCGCAUCUCCUCCGUGGCGUGUGGAGCGUCAGUCGGCUACGCUGUCAGCAGCGACGGUCGAGCGUUUGCCUGGGGCAUGGGCACCAACUACCAGCUGAGCACGGGGGAGGAGGACGAUGUCUGGAGCCCCGUGGAGAUGACGGGGAAGCAGCUGGAGAACCGGGCGGUCCUGGCCGUGUCCAGCGGCGGGCAACACACGGUGCUGCUGGUCAGGGACAAGGAGCAGAGUUGAUGAAGUGACACCACAGCCGAGCCCAGCGGGUCCCGCACACACCCCCCACCUUCCACCCGGCUCUGGCCUCUGGUUUCCCACCGGCGGUGCUGGGGCGGGCGGGAGGCCCCGGAGCGCUUCAGGGAUGCUCAUUGUUUCCCUGCAAGCGUCUGUCUGUCCGGCCGCAGUGCCCGGGGCUCUGUCAGCUCCCGCGGGUCAGCUUGGUCCCAAACUGAUCUCAGCGCUGUGGCUGGAUGGCUUUUCCACUUCUCAUUUCUGUUUCAUGUUUCCUUGCCUGGCAAAGCCGAGGUUCUUUCUUCACUGCACAAGCAGGUUUGGGCACUGGCCUUUCUGAGCUGCCCGCGUUCCCCAGCUCUGGGUGCUCCUUGGCCUAAAGUCUUCACCAACUCAGACUUGUCUCCUGCCGCCCACCAAACCCGGCGGAUCCCGGCACCGCUCCGGGGGUUUCUCCUGUACCCGGCGCUUGAGCCGGGGAAAUGCCGGUCAGUCCCUGCGCUGCCCAGCGCUGCGGCUGCUGGAAAGGGCUCCUGCCCCCACCCGUCACCAUCACGGGGCAGCCGGGAUCCCCCCCUGGAUCAGCCGCCUCCAGAGACCCAACAAAAUCCAGCCCACGGGUGGGAACUUGUCAUUUUAAUUCUUGUUCUCUUUGCUGAGGAAGGAGCUUCAUUUGCUGUUGGGUCCUUGCUGAGACGACAGAACCCAGACCCAGCUGUUGCAGCGGAUCGUUCUCCAUCACCACCGGUCUCGGUCCAGCUGGUCUCGGUCCAGCUGGUCUCGGUCCAGCUGGUCUCGGUCCAGCUGGUCUCUGUCUAACUGGUCUCCCUUCCUGGGCCCGGCCUUGCCCAAUCUUCUCUCUCCGUGCUUCCCCCCCCGGGUACCCGGACUGAGAGGGGGUGUGCAAAGGUUACAUUUUAUACGUUAAGCUAUAGCAAUAGGAGCAGCGGGGGUGUGUGCGGGGUGGGUUGGGAGUGGCUCCUCAUAGGCUGAAAUUGUUUUCUAAAGAAAAUGUAAAGUAUUUUGGUUGAUUCACUGAGGAAGAGAGGAAAAAAACCUGUAAUCUUUUAAUAUUUGGAAUAAACGGAGUUUUGAUAAA